AUGCGCACUGUCACCAUCGCCCUUCUUUGCUUCCUCUUGCUAGUAGCCCUCGACAUCGGCCGCGUCGUCGCAUCAUCUGGGUUCUUUCCGUUGGCUGUUCGCCGCCUCCACAUCGCCGUCUCGUACCUAUACUGGGAAGUCUUCUGGGAAGUCUACUAUCAGUUCACCCACAACUUCGAAGGAGUUCCCCUCUACCUCCGCUUGAUCGCACUCCUCAUCUGCAUCCACCUCACCUUCUGUCUAUACGUAUAUAUCAAAUACACCUACUGGAUAGGCCCUCAUCCCGAGGCCGACCAAGACGGCCUCCAUGAACCUGCCGAAAAGGGACAAUCGCAAGAGACGAAACUCCCUGUCACUCCCAUCGUCGCUCACACCACACCACCACCCGUCACACUACCACCUGCAGAGCCAGCACCUACUGAGCCAGCACCUACUAAGCCAGCACCUCCUUUAUACCCUCCGCCGUUCGAGUUGCCGUUCACCAACUUCCGCGGCACCGGCGAGUCGUUCGCACACUCCGAUCGACGCGACCCGACACACUAUCCCGUUCUUCAACUGUCGACUUCUUGGGGCAAUACCCGUCGCAAAGAACGCGAUUACUGGCGGUCUGCACCUAGGCAACCACCACCAGCCUAUAGGUCUACCGAGCACGAGAAUGUCGCCGCGGCACCUACCAUACCGAAGCCAGAAGUGGCUCAAAUCACUACGAAGUCGACAACGACUACCACGAAGGACUAUGCAGUCAUCGCACCUGCCCAUAAGGUUGUCGAGCUACCUCCGAUAUACAUCCCCACUCCUACACAAACCCCAUCUACCCUCCCAUCAGCUCCCUCGAUCGACCCUCAGCUAGGGACUUUACGAGACGUGGAGAAUAAGAAGCAUCUAGUUGUUGCUGAGAUGAAAUCCUUCCUAAGUACUAUCGGUACUGAUGCCGGGUGUGAGGCACCAGCUGCUCAAAUCUUGGCAUUGAUGGUAGCAGCGAAAAUGCACCUGAUGCCAUUCUUCCCAAGAGGGCUUUCUGGCCUUGACCCGAGUUUCCUCAUCUGGAAAGACGCAAUUGUCGAGUUCUGGUGCCGAUUUCGGCCAUAUGGGUGGGAAAUCCGGGAAGAUGAAGAUGGAAGGCUGCGAACAUUCCUCCAGCAGUACAGAGAUACUGCCAUCUGGUUGGGGUUGGAACACCACCUUGAUGAUCUCACAGUCAUCGUCAAGCCAGCCCAGCCUCCCGCGUCAAGUACGCAAGACCCUCCAGCACCCAAGAUGGGGACGCUGUCCGCCAUCCCCACCACCACUGAGCACCUCCCCGCUCCCGCCAUCCCGAUCGCUCCGCAGCCGCAAAAGGCACCGAGUACCCCCGCGCCUAUCCAACAGGCACCUCUCCAGCAGCCGAUAGUGGCCCAAGGCGCAACAGGCCUCAUUGACUUCAGCAAGGAGGCUUGGUUUGGUCUGCCAGAUGAUCAGCUCAAAGCACUUUCCUGGAGGUCGUUUAGCUGGCCUGACGACGCAGCCGCUAGCUUCAAGAUAUGGUCUCAUGAUGUACCGGAGCUUGCCAGUCUACCUGUCAGCCAUCCAGAGUUCAUCAUGGCCUCCUAUGUGAAAGCAGAGCUUGAGAAAAUGGCGCCUAUUUUUAAGCGCGCUGCGAUUGUUCUUCGAAUCCAAGGGCGUGGAUGCAAAUGGCCUGAUCGAUACGAUCUCAUGAUGGUACCGUUGUUGGGGCACGUUUCUGAUUUUCUCUUCAAAGCUGCAGAAAUGACCAAAAAGUGCCAAGAGGUCGUAGAUUGGGAUUCUCGGGACGCAUGGUACAAAGCCUGCUUUUACUUUCACAAGCGGGUUUUGCAGGAGAACAUCUGGGAGUUCUUGGGUCAUCGUUACGACGUCGACGACGCCAACAGGACUCCCCCUCUCAAGAAACUGUGGGAGGAGUUGGCGCCGACGUGGCUCCCUGACAUUACAAAGGGGUGA